AUGAAGUGGGUGCGAUGUGACGGCCUAUGGGCAACACUGCGAUGGUCUCUACAUGCUUGGUGGCACGGCUACUCCGUCCCAACAGAACCGUCGAGUUGGGCCCGGUAUGAAGAGGAUUACGAAGUUCUGAAGGCGGCAGGGGAACGUUGGGCCCUACUCAGGCCUUUCUUCGCUUCCUGGGGAUACCACCUUUAUGAAUACGAACGUCUCCCAUGCACCUACCCUCCAAAAUCCCUCAAAUGUCCAGACGUUGUGGACGAGUCCUAUCCUUAUGCUAGGUGUCGUUUCAGCACUGACGAGCAUUAUGUGUUCUCGUACGUCCAUACUGGUCGGAUAUGGGCCGCGCGAGACAACUUUGGCAGAGACGUGAUCAUAAAGCUAGUUUCCGCUCCGAAUCAGGAGUUGGAAGAGUUGAGGGUUUGGCAAAGACUGAACACGCCGCAAGUGAGGGCCGAUCCCCGUAAUCGAACGCUCCCUGUACUGGACAUCAUCACGUACGACGGAUUAGUCUUCGUGGUAGCAUCUCGAUGGGGAAUGCCCUUCCUAGGACUGACGUUCCCGACAAUUGAACAUACCUUCGUUAUGAUGGAACAGUUUUAUGACGGCCUCGCAUUUCUUCACGAAAACAGGAUUGCUCAUCGCGAUAUAGACCCCGGCAACAUGGUCAUAAACGCGUUAUUUGAAUGCUUCGACAGCACUCUUGACAGUCUCGAGAUUCGGGACCCGUCUCGUGUGCGUUACGGCUACAUUGACUUUGAGGCUUCGUCACUCUUUGCCAUGGACACCGAUAUCGACAAUGUAACGAUGAAACGCGCAAAUCGCGCUUCGACGAUAGGGUCGGGCUUGGCCAAAGGACAGCAGUCAAAUCCUUUCAGGGACGACGUCUAUGUUUUGACGUGGCACAUUGAAGGCAUAGUUCCUGAAAUUGGUUCAUUUUACGACACCAUAUUGAAAGAUUACGCCCGUACGCCGCGCGCUGAGGCAGCUCUCCAUCAAUUGAGAGAAAUUCGCUCGAAGCUCACUGCAGAGCAGCUGCGCCAGGAACCCCCCGGUUCUAUGUGGAGGAAAGGUAAAAUUAUCAAGCAUUGA